CCAGAAACCAAUUUGUCUAUAGGUUUCAUAAAAGAAUUAACAAGUGUUCUCUUUUCAAAACAAAACAGCAUUUAUAAUAGGCAUCCAAUUCUGAUCUCUGGCCGGUGUAUAGUAUUAGAGUCUGGCCUUUGUUCAGGUUUAGUUAGCGCGUUCAAGCCAGUUUUUGUUAAAAUAAAUGAUGUCCUAAGCGUGGGCUUAACAGUUUCAAGAAACCAGCCACGGGCGAAGCAUCAUCACCGACAUGUCUGCUACGCUGUUUAGUUCGCUGCUAGUAAUUCUAGUUUUUCUGAAUGGGGCAAUCGCGGCGCCUCGGCCUGCUCCCCUGCUCGUGCCGCGCAUCGACUCCGAAGAUUUCCAGCUCGAGCCGGAGGAUAACAAGUACACCUUGAGGAUAUAUUAUCCGGAUCGGACGACUCGUGAGGAGACCGUGGAGGAGAUUGCUCCGGGAGUGUUUCAGGUCAGGGGCUCUUUGAGUCAAAUGUUUCCAGAUCAGGGCCUCGGCUUGGAGGUCCUUUAUGAGGCUGGACCCAAUGGCUAUGUGGCCAAGUACAAAUACGGGACGACCACGACUCCUCCCUUGGGGCUUCCUCCCAGUGUUCUGAAAUCAACUGCCGGAUAAAAACCGAUCUCAAGAAUAAUUUGAAAUAAAAGUGCUAAGCAAAAGCCAACUGAAAAUAA